UUCAUGCUGCAUUCACGGAGCCGUGCGGGACAGGGGAGCUUUUGGUUUGCGUCUCUGCUUUAAAGCCAUGGAUCUUACAAACGCUAAGUUUUCUUUCAUUCGAAAUAGUCUUUUGUUCACUUUACUAUUCAUUUGUUCAUUUCAACUGUCCCGAUCAAAGCGAAUAUUCAAAUGUCCUUCAGGAUGCACUUGUACGUCAGAUUCUAUCAUUUGCGUCGGCUCGUCUUUCAUCCCACGAUCUAUACCUAGUGACAUCAACUCUUUGAGUAUUGUAAAUUGCAGUUUCCCAGAAAUCAAGGAGGCUAUGUUCUCGCUCAUGCCAUCCCUGCAGUUACUUCUCCUUAAUUCAAAUACAUUUUCUGCCAUAAAGGAGGAUGCAUUCUCUGGGCUUCCUCACCUGGAGUAUUUAUUCAUUGAGGGCAACAAGAUUGAAGAGAUAAGCAGAGAUGCCUUUAGAGGACUUCGGGAUGUCACACAUAUAUCACUGGCAAACAACAAUAUCAAAACACUUCCUAGAGGUCUUUUUUCUGAUCUGCGCUCUUUGAUUGAACUAGACCUGCGUGGGAACAUUUUCCAGUGUGACUGUGAGUCCAUGUGGCUGAUGACCUGGUUGAAGAGAUCCAAUGCCACAAUAUCAGAUGUUUACUGUGCCAGUCCGGCUGGCAUGAAGGGUGUCCCUCUAAAGGAUGUCCCAGAAAAACACAGCAAGUGUGUCUCCACAGAUUUUGUUCAGUAUCAGAUAGUGAAUACACAAUCCAUGUCAGCGGACAUCUUCUUUCACAAAGAUGAUAUAUAUGUUGCCAUGGCUGUUCCAAAUUCAGACAGCUGCAUAAUCAUGGAAUGGGAUCACAUUGAGACAAAAUUCCGGCCUUUUGAUAAUAUCACAGGACGAUCUGUUAUUGGGUGCAAAUCUAUUCUGAUCAAUGAGCAGGCAUUAGUCAUUGUCUCCCAGCUCUUCGAUGGCUCCCUUAUCUACAAAUAUGACCAAGCACAGAAUAAGUUCACCAAGUUUCAAGCAGUUGAAAUGCUUAACGUGUCCAAGCCCAACGACAUUGAAGUCUUCCGUAUCGGAGAUGAAUGGUUCUUCCUUAUUGUAGACAGUUCGAAAGCUGGCAUGACAACUCUGUUUAAAUGGAAUGAAACUGGCUUCUUCCCAUACCAGUUCCUUCAUGAGUGGUAUCGUGACACCGAUGCAGAGUUUUUUUAUUUAGAUGGCAAGGCUGUCCUCAUACUAGUGAGCCGCUCCCAGGUUCCUGUUAUGUACCAGUGGAACAAGAGCACCCAGAAGUUUGUUCUCCAUGAUGAGAUACCAAACAUGGAUGAUAUUGUCAGUGUGAAGGCCUUUAGGAUUAAUGACGUUCUCUACCUUGCCCUCGCCUGCUACAUCGGUGACUCAAAGGUCAUGAAGUGGACAGGCAAACACUUUGAAGAAGUGCAGGGCUUUCCUUCACGUGGUGCCACGGUAUUACAGCCAGUCAAUUUCAAAGACCAGCCCUAUUUGAUUCUGAGCAGUGAUUACUCUUUCUCCCAGAUCUUCAGAUGGGAUGAGGAGAACCAGAAGUUUAUCAAGUUCAGGGAUGUGUAUGUUCAAUGGCCACGCUCAUUUACUGCACUGUCCACAGAUCAGCGUGAUUUUGUGUUGGCCACCAGCUUCAAAGGCAAAACCAAGGUUUUUGAACAUAUUUCAGUUGAUUUUAGCAAAUGAAGUUGAGAGGCAUAUGCUGUUAUUCCCGUUGUAUGGGUAAAUGCUAAAACAUAACUCUGUCCUUAAAUAUACUGUAUGCAUACAUGUAACCUUAAUAUUUAUGAAUGUAAAGUUUUGUCAACAAAAAGGCAGAAACACAGUACACUUCUGUCAUGCAAAAGCUACACAUUUAUGCAACGUUUGGACUAUUUGAACAUGCAAAAAUACCUUUUUGAUAAUUUCAGGGCUCUUUCAGAUCUUUUUGUUGUUGUUUAGAUAUAUCAGAUUUACCAAAGGUCGGCCAUCAGGUCAGUCCAAGAGACUGUGGGCUAUCAGCGAUUAAGUAAAUUUAUCUUAGCUAACUAAGCUAGCUAAUCUUAUCUAACUGGUUUUAAUGACAUGGUUUGACUUUUUGCAUGCAUGUUAUGGGUGCUGACUAGUACUAUUAUUCAGCAGACUCAAAGAGAUUGCCUUUGUAGAACGAAAGCCUUAGAAUUGUUUUUAUUUUUUUUUAUUUUUUGCAGAGGAAUAUCUGUUUGCUAGUUUCAUUAUUAGAGAUGGCAGAGCAAUAUAUUGAAUGUAUCUUUGGAAAAAAAAUUAUUAUUAAUAAUAAAUGA